AAAGAAAAAAAGGUUUCCCCAGGGACGUUACACAUGUACAUAUAUACGUUCUCCUGGUAUACAGUACUACGUCGUAGUCUUUACUUGACAGUGAUCAUUACAUUUUUACCAAACUCCGGCAGAAGGAAUAUCUCAUCAUACUUCACUUAUCAAACGAUCCAAUCUAUCAAUUUAAUAUUUGUUCUUACGUAUAGUUGGAAGUAUUUUGUGUAUUGGUUUAAAAAGAAUUAUGCACCAAUUUUUAUCGGUUGUACUUUUAUGCGUGUUCGUCGCGGCCCAGAAAACGGAAUUGGACUCUCCAGAAAACUUGUACAUGUUUCGGAGUUUCCGUAAAUGGGUAUUCAAUAAUUUCGGAGGAGACCAGCUACAUAGACCUACAAGACACUAUCUACAGCAGCUUCAAAAACAACUAUCUCCAGAUAUUCCAUUCCCCUGCAAUGUUACUGGUGGAAGGUCCCUAAAAAUACCAGAUUCGGUUCAUCGUUUAAGACCUGGUGAUAUUGAUGUGAUUGCUGCGAUGGGCGAUUCUGUAACAGCUGGCACUGGUGUUUUUGCACAAAAAAUGAUGCAGUUACUCAUCGAAAACAGAGGAGUUGUCGGCAGUAUCGGCGGGCAGGAAAAUUGGCGAACAUUUUUAACACUUCCUAAUAUUCUCAAGGAAUAUAACCCGAAUUUAGUAGGGUAUUCGUGUGGCGAUUCCUUAAUUUAUCAUCAGGACUCGCAUUUCAAUGUCGCUGAAACUGGUGCAAUGGCUAAAGAUAUGCCUUUCAUGGCCAAAUAUCUAGUUGAUAGAAUGAAGCAGGAUUCAAGAGUAAAGAUCAAAGAACACUGGAAGUUGAUUUCUAUACUUAUUGGACACAACGAUUUGUGCACUGAGGUAUGCUACGCGCCAUCACCGUCGUCUAUUUUGAAAACUUAUAGAAGCGAUCUAAUUACUACCUUGAGAAUAUUGCGCGACAAUUUGCCUAGAACUUUUGUCGUUGUUAUUAUGCUUCCUUCUUUUGAUACGUAUAUUGAUGCAAUGAAAAAUCAACCAAUAUUGAGAUGCUAUAUUAUGACACGAUUUUUUUGUCCCUGUUUGUUUAAUUUGCACUAUCAAGACCAAAUUUCAGAAUAUUUCGACAUAUUGAAAAGAUGGGCGGACGUGGAGGAAGAUGUCGUUAACUACCCAGAAUUUAAUACAGAAGAUUUCACUGUUGUAUCUUCACCUGUACUUCAAAACUAUGUACCGCCACUUACAGAAGAUGGACAGCUAGACAUGACAAAUUUCUCCUACGACUGCUUCCACCCUGUUCAGAAAACUAAUGCACGAUAUGCUAAUGCUCUAUGGAACAGUUUGUUGGAGCCAGUCGGUAACAAAUCAAGAGGCCUUCGUCAAGAAUACGAAAAAUUCUUGUGCCCUACUUCAGAAAAGCCAUUUCUAAUGACGCGAGAAAAUUCACAUGAGGGAUGGGAGAAAUGAUACUUCUCUGUCUGUGAGCAACACAUGAAGCGGAGCCAAAAGUGUGAUUUCGAAACGUGAAGUAGAAGUUUGCUAAAACAUUUGUUUCCCCAAACAUUGUCGUAAUAAAGCCUUAUAAUAUUUA